CUGUGAGCCCCGCUGUCUCUGGGACAGCACCAGCUGAGUCCGCUACUGAACAGGCACCAUGGACGAAGAGUACGAAGACCCUGGGUUUUUCAGCACUGCCAAUGACAGCCGACAGGAGCACCAUCAAUUCCUGGCGUUCAAGAGGCUCUUCCUGCCCUCCAUAUACGUGGUGGUCUUCAUCUGUGGCCUGCUGGGGAACUCCCUGGUGCUGGCGGUCUACAUCUUCUACCAGAAGCUGAAGAGCGUCACAGACCUGUUCCUGAUGAGCCUGCCCCUGGCUGACCUGGUCUUUGUCUGCACUCUGCCCUUCUGGACCUACGCAAGCAUCCACGAGUGGGUCUUUGGCAAGUACACGUGUAAAAUCCUGCUAGGGGUCUACACGCUCAACUUCUACACGUCCAUGCUCACCCUCACCUGCAUCACCAUGGACCGCUUCAUUGCGGUGGUGCAGGCCACCAAGGCUCACAACCAGCAGGCCAAGCGGAUGUUCUGGGGCAAGGUCAUCUGCUGGGCCAUCUGGGUGACCUCCCUGUUGGUGUCCCUGCCGCAGAUCAUCUAUGGCAACGUCUCUUCUCUCGACAAGGCCGUCUGUAGUUACCAUGACAACGAGAUCCCCACUGCGGUCCUGGCCACCCAGCUGACCCUGGGCUUCUUCCUGCCCCUGCUCGCCAUGGUUGUCUGCUACUCAAUCAUCAUCAAGACGCUGCUUCAUGCGCGUGGCUUCCAGAAGCACAAGUCCCUGAAGAUCAUCUUCCUGGUGGUGGGCGUGUUCCUGCUGACGCAGGUGCCCUUCAACCUGGUGAAGCUCGUCCGCAGCACGCACUGGGAGUACCACGCCAUGACCAGCUUCCAGUACGCCGUCAUCGUGACCGAGGCCCUCGCCUACCUGCGGGCCUGCCUGAACCCUGUGCUCUACGCCUUUGUCGGCCUCAAGUUCCGGAAGAAUUUCUGGAAGCUCGUGAAAGACGUCGGCUGCCUCCCUUACCUGGGUUUCUCAAGCCAGUGGAAGUCUGAGGAGACCUCCAAGAUGAGUUCUGCCUCUCACAACGUGGAGGCCACCAGCAUGUUCCAACUGUAGGCCGUGCCAGGGCACGCAGAAGUGGCUCCGGAAUGCACUGUGGGAGGUGGUCCUCUGGGAGAGCUGGGGCAGGCUUUGCGGAUAGCUGUGCAUUUCCAGGCGAAGCAGCCACUCGCUUGCUCUCCUCUCUGCUCCGCACGGACACCCAGGCCUGCUGCUUUGAAGGACUCUCCUUCCUUCCACUAGCCCCACGAAUGCUGGCAGCAAGGGCAAGGACACGUGGCUUCUAAGAUCCCAACUUCUCCUCCACUAGGACUGCAGCACACAGCCAGCAGGGCGACCAAUGGUGGGUGACAGUCUGUGCCCCUAGGCUCCACCGAUCCCCCCUCCCAGCGAGGGAGCUCAGAGCAGCCAUGAAGAGAGGUGUGGCUCUAGGCAGCUCCAGCCUCAGGUCUUGCCUCCUUGAGGUAGGUCUGACCUUUACAUAGGGAGAGCCUCAAGCUGUCUACCUGCGGAAGGACUAGCAGUGGGGGACGGUUGUGGCCCAAACGAGUCCCUGAAAUGAU